AGAGUCGCUGUGUUUCUGCUGCUCCUCUGCUCGGGGUUCAUAUCGACGGAACCGCGGACAGGCUUCAACUUCGUACCGGUUAGUACCAGCAGCACCCCUAAAAAAAAAAAAAAACAGAAAAAAAGACGCGUUUGGUCAACCACACCGCUGCGGGACAUCCUCCGGGGACCGGCAUCAGACGCCAACACGGCCAGCGCGCCAAUCAAUGGAGCUAAUCGUGAGAGCGCGCGAGGCGUUUUAGGUGAGGUCUCGUUUUAAAGAUAGCAGUUUGUGUGGGCUGCCGCUGGAUCCGUCAGACUGACCGCACAGAUUCAAGUGGAGCUACCGAGUGGAGACACCUCACAGCCGCGACCACGAAGAGGCUUCCGGAUAAAAAGGUGACCGGGCAGUUGACCUAACAAGUUUGGUGGAGGAUACUGGGAGGAACCAAUUUUCAAAAUGCCUGUGGCGACAUCCAGCUCUGACUCCGCCAUGCAUCAGGCCCUGGACACUCUGAGUGACAGCACAAGCUCCACGACUGCCAAUGACCUGGACCUCAUCUUCCUCAAAGGCAUCAUGGAGAGCCCAGUGGCUCACGAGCAGUUUGAGGAGCCCAAGCUCGAGGCGGUGAGGGAGAACAACAUGGAGCUGGUUCAGGAUAUCCUCAAGGAGCUUAGCCCGCUUGCACACAGGAGCCAGGCGGCCGACGAGCUGGUCCGCAUCCUGAAGGAGCCUCACUUCCAGUCCCUCCUGGAGACCCACGAUUCUGUGGCGUCCAAAAACUACGAGACUCCUCCCCCAAGUCCCUGUUCCUUCAUGGACGCAGCCCUCAACAACCAGCCCGUCCCCCCAGACGCAGUCAGGAUGGUGGGCAUCCGGAAGGUGUCUGGCGAGCAUCUGGGAGUGACGUUUCGAGUGGAGAGCGGCGAGCUAGUGAUUGCCAGGAUCCUCCACGGCGGCAUGAUCGACCAGCAAGGUCUGCUCCAUGUGGGCGACAUCAUCAAGGAGGUGAAUGGCAAGGAGGUGGGCAACGACCCCAAAGUGCUCCAGGAGAUGCUGAAGGAGGCGAGUGGCAGCGUGGUGCUGAAGAUCCUGCCCAGCUACCAGGAGCCACAUACAGCGAGACAGGCCUUUGUCAAGUGUCACUUUGACUAUGACCCGUCUCAUGAUAACCUGAUUCCCUGUAAGGAAGCGGGGCUUAGCUUCAACAGUGGAGACAUCCUACAGAUUUUCAACCAGGAGGACCUCAACUGGUGGCAGGCCUGUCAUAUCGAGGGGGGCAGCGCGGGUCUAAUCCCGAGCCAGCUACUCGAGGAGAAGAGGAAAGCGUUUGUGAAGAGAGAUCUGGAGCUUGCCACCACAGGUCCUCUAUGCGCUGGGAUGGGUGGUAAGAAGAAAAAAAAGAUGAUGUACUUAACGACCAAGAAUGCAGAAUUUGACCGCCACGAGCUGCGGAUAUAUGAAGAGGUUGCCAAGGUCCCGCCCUUCAGGAGGAAGACGCUGGUUCUGAUUGGUGCGCAGGGGGUCGGCCGUCGCAGUCUGAAAAACAAGCUGCUGGUGUCGGAUCCCCAGCGGUACGGCACCACCAUCCCCUUCACCUCCAGAAAACCAAAAGUGGACGAGAGGGAUGGCCAGAUGUACUCCUUUAUGACCCGCAGCGAAAUGGAGUGCGACAUUAAAAAUGGCCGUUUCCUGGAGCACGGCGAGUAUGACGGGAACCUUUACGGCACCAAGAUCAACUCCAUACACGAGGUGAUAGAAACAGCAAAGAUCUGCAUCCUGGACGUCAACCCACAGGCUCUCAAAGUCCUGCGGACGUCAGAGUUCCUGCCCUACGUAGUGUUCAUCGAAGCUCCAGAUUUUGAGGUUCUCAAAGCUAUGAACAGGUCAGCGAUUGAGUCAGGAGUGGUUACAAAACAGUUAACGGACUCUGAACUAAAGAGGACAGUGGACGAGAGCGAGCGCAUUAAGCGAGCGUACGGACAUUACUUUGACCUCUGCAUCGUAAACGACGGCCUGGAAGCGGCGUUCCGGAGUCUACGGUUGGCGCUGGAUAAACUGUCAACGGAGCAGCAGUGGGUGCCUGUCAGCUGGGUCUUCUGAGAGUCACCGAUGGGCUUACCAGCAAGGUGCCAGGGCCUCAGGGUCGAAGGGCGGAGGACGAUUAAGCUCCAGAGGGUGGGGGCCAUCUCCACGGACUCACGGGUGGUGGAGGGCCAAAGUGUCAUGAAUCAGUGCAAAUGACCAGCCUCAUGUAGAGCGUUUUUGUACAAACUUAGUGUUCCUCUGUUGAGCCUAAUGUCAAGUUGUAUUUUUAUUUGUCGGAAUCUGAAUAAUUUAAUUGCUAUUCGUUGAAAAGGAUUUAGAGUUGAUUAUGAGGUUUAGUGCAAUAGUGUGAGUGAGUCAUUAAUGUGGAAAUAGACUUAGAGUAAAGAAGAUGUUUUGAAGAUUACAGUGCUCUGUCGAAAGGUUUUCGUUGAACUUUUUAGCCUUUCCUACUUUACGUAGUGUACUGUUUACAUUGGAUCGGUAGGACAGAUUGGUUGAAGAAAGAUAGAUACCAAAUGUCAUAUUUGUAUCAAAUCCUCUAUAUUUUACCACUUGAUCAUACGGUCUGAUUGUAUGUGUUCGGAAAUGUGCUUCAUCUCGUCUGUCACCACUAAUUUGAUAAAUGAACAGCAAUAGAUGAUGUAAAACAAAAAAAUAGACAUGCAAUACAUGUACUCACACACUCACUGAUAUAUAUAACACAAUGGAGGCAGUGGGAAACUCUUUUAUUGAGACAUUUUGCAUUAAUCUUAAAGUCUCAACUUGUUUUUGUCUCCUUUUCAGUGUUGAUUACAUUGUGCAUUUGUCGUCUUCUGCUGGUAAAGCGUCCGGCUACAGAGAGAGGGAUCAGGCGAUUGGAUCAAAGCGUCCGACUGCUGCCUGCUCGAUUCGGUUGGAGUUGUUUUUGUAGCACUGAGAACACUUAAACCCUCAAAGGGAAAAAAAACAAAUGACUAAAAAUGAAGAAGUAGCCUACAGUAUGCACUGAUUGUAUAAUGAAGGCAAACAUAUUCUUUCACAAUACAGGCUGGGCAAUUGAUGGAAACAUUUUUUUGUUGUUCUUUUCAGUGUACAAACAGUAAGAUAUUUAUCAGUGGCUUCAAAUUCAUACUUACUUUUGCCUUAACAUGGUUCAAAAGCCAAGGAAUCACUCUAUCACUGUUCCGUCUUAGACAAUAGAAAAAAAAAUAAUACUGGCAACUUAUUUACUAUUUAUUUUAUUUUUCCCUCAAACUUGUAAGUACUAUAUUGUAAUAAAGAGUAUAUAGUAUAACAUAGA